AUGAAUGCCCAGAGCGAUAAAGAAUUGUUUGAUUUUCUAGCAAAUGCCCCAAAGGAGUUUCGUGAUGGGGAAAGAAUCAAGAAAUUUCAGUUGAAAAACGGAGACUACAUACACUGUGUGUUGUGGAAUAUGCACUUUUUUGUCACAGGAACAGAUAUAGUCAAGAUACUUGUUUGGAGAUUCCAGAAUGCUGGGAGAGGCCUGGCCAGCCUCAAGAAGUUUGAGGAGGGCGUGUUCUCAGACCUGAGGAACUUGAAGCCAGGAAUCGACGCCACGCUUGAAGGGCCCAGGAGUGAAUUUCUUGAAUUUCUUUACAAAAACGGAUGCAUCAGGACUCAGAAGAAGCAAAAGGUGUUCUAUUGGUAUAGUGUUCCACACGAUGCAUUGUUCUGCGAUGCUCUUGAAAGGGAUCUCAGGAGGGAGACAAAUUUAUUUACAUAUAACAAAUAUAUCAACAAUCUCAAAAGGAAUAGCAUGCUUCCUCACGGAGUAAAUGGAUUUGGAAGCCACACAAGGCAGAACAGCAAAAGAGUUGGAAUAGACAUAGACUCUGCAUAUUUAAGAAACAUGGAAAGUAGAGUAAUGCCUAUGAGCAUGGGAUAUGGCAAAACAGAGUCAUCAGACCUGCUUUUUGAGCAGCAGACAUACAAGGCACCAAAUCAUUCAAUCAAUCCAAAAGCCCCGUCCAGUAUGUACGAAAAACAAUUUGAAGAUAUCCAAAGAAACGGAUUUUUAAAUCAAUAUGCAUACAACGACUUCAGCAUUAAGGACAAGCUGUUUUUACCAAACGAUCAGAAACUUGACUAUGGCUCGCAUAGAUUAGAAAGCCUGUUUUGUAAUGAUUUAUUCAACAAUCCAGCCAUUGAAAAUCCAAAGGCAGUUUCUAUAAACAACCUGCAUCCACAGAGCAUAAACGCCGGAUCCUCGCUGUUCUCAAAUAGGAUGAUUGAUGAGUUUCCUUCUCUUGAAGAUUUUGAUUUCAUCAAUGAUAGAGCAAAUGAUAGUGAGCAUUCCAGCAGCUUGAAAAAUGAUAGUGCUAGCCAGAGAAUUUCCCAUGACGGUGUUUUGUUAAUUCCAAAUGCAAAGGGGACACCGCAGAAGUAG